AUAGACAUGGAGGAAGAAGAGGUCUCGGAAAACUGGGAGGAAGCUGCAGAGAGCGGCGAAAUUGAGAGAAGACUUGAGGCAAAACUUAAAAUCAUCCAGAAGUCAAAAGAGAGCAGUGAGGUCUCUGGUAACUCCCCCAUAAGGACUGCCAUUGUAAUACCAGAUGAUUCAGUGCCUCCAGCUCCCCCUCCUCAGAUUCGCAUCCUAAAGCGCCCGUCCAGCAAUGGAUCAAUUGGACCUCAAAUCCAAGCCCGCCCUACUCUACAAGUCAAGUCCCUGGCCCAAAGGGAAGCAGAGUAUGCAGAAGCCAGGAGACGAAUUCUGGGCAGUGCCAGCGCUGAAGAAACACCUCAGGAAAGAGACAGGCCAGAUAGGUCAGUAUCUGCUAGUGCCUCAACGAUACCGGAGCAAGUUCGAUCAAACAAUCACAUCAUACGUCAGCCGAGAGGACCUGAUGGUACACAGGGAUUUCGCCUGUGCAGAUAAGAAGCUGUAGAAAGUCUCUUCAGUGUUCGAAACUUCGGAGUCCAAGAGAGUUAGCUUCUAUGAUCGGAAGUUUGGAGGGUGUAGAGAUUCAAAGACACUGGAGGGACAAUUUCACAAAGUUACAUGACAUAUAAAUGUAUGAAUAGAUAUGCUAUUAUCAGGAGCCCCCAACCCUCUCCCAUCCCACUUAGCAACGUGGCUCACCAUUUUGCCAUGUUCGAGGUAUUUGUGUGGAUGUGGAGGGGAAGAGGGGGCCAGGGAGAAAAAGUGAGGAGCUGAGGGUGAAAUCUCCUCUUUGGCUGACACUGCGCACUGUGACUAGGCCAUCAUUUCCUCAGGACUCUGAACUCUCCCAUUCUCCCUUGCUCCCUGAGUUACCUCUCACCUCCCCUGCUGUGCUCCCCACCCUCCUCACCACUUUGAGGACCCAAGGCUGAAACAUAGAAAAGCAAAGAAAAAAAAAAAAAGAGGGGGGGGGGCGUCAAUAGUGAAAAAAAGGAAGCAUGCCCAGUGAAACAAAGCACUUUGUCUCCACAGCAAGAUGAAUUGGACAGUAGGCCACCUAAAGUUGGCCUCAUAAAGCAAUAAUACUGAAACCCAUAUGAAUGACAAGCAAAUCUCAAUGGGACAUCUGUGUUGCUGAGCUGAAACAGAUUAUUUUUGCCAGCUUUUUUUUUUUUUCAUCUUCAUGGUCUUCUUUAAACAAUUACUCUCGUCUUUUUUUUUUCUUAGGGCAGA